UGGUUGUAGCGGGCAAACGGCACAUCGGCCCGUGCCAUACAUUGAGUGUCAGUGCCUUGGAUUUUUAUAUGACGGUUAUUCAUUUGAUAAUCAUAUAUUGGCUUUAGUUAUCAUGUUUAUAUAAAAUUUAAAACACAAACAAAAACACUAUCAACAAAGAAAUUUAAAUCCGCUGUUAGAUUUCAAAUUUACUCUGCACGUAAGCUCGUUAAACCUUUCAAAUUAGUGAUAUUACAUAAUAAUCUGCAAUGGGCGCAUGUUAAUUAAAUAAAUGUUUUAUCCCACAUUUUUCGUAUUAGCCAUGCCGGAAAAGUUAGUUUUGGGUGCUGUGUAUCUGAUGACAGUAGUCGUUCUGGUACAAGGUCGGACAUGCUCAGAGUUUACUGACGAGCCAGUAUGUCGCAAAGUUGUUGGUAUAGUUUGCAACGGAACCAUGGCGAGUUUUGGCGCCAACAGAUGCCCGUUUAUGUGUAACACAUGUGACUUAAUUGCUGCAGCAACUCUAGCCGUUGUUCGGCAAACUGAAGUUGGCCAGAUAUGCUACGAUGGCGACCCGGAAUGUUCACACCUCGGUCCCAACGUCUGUAAGCCUCCACUCGAGCCGUUUGGACGCGCGUUCUGUCAAAGAUACUGUAACUUCUGCACAGUAGCAACCAAACCCACAACCACGAGCACCUUUCAACAGGCGACAACUAUACGCAGCUCAACAGCAUCUGCUUUCGGAAUACAGCAGACGACAAUUCCAGGCCAGCCAAGUACAGAAGAGUAUUGCGCGGAGAAGAUAGACGACACCAUAUGCAGAGAACUUGGCCAAGUGAUAUGUACAGACUACACGGUGUUCGCAAAGGUCAAAUGCCGCUUCAUGUGCGAGUACUGCAAGUACCACCGUGGAGAAGUCCCGAGCACAACGCCGAGAACGCCUAUCACGUCAGGGGUUGGCCAAAUAUGCUACGAUGACGAUCCGGAAUGUUCCGACAUCGGUCCGAGCGUCUGUGUGUCUCCACUGGACGUGUUUGGACGCGAACACUGUGCUAGAUUUUGCAAGUUCUGCACAGUAGCAACCCUACCCACAGGCGCGAGCACCUUGCAACCGACGACAACUAAACGCAGCCCACCGGCGUCUACUUCUGGAAUACAGCAGACGACUAUUGCAUACCAGCCAAGUACAGGCGGCGUUUGCGUAAAUGAUCCGGAUGCAAACUGUGAGAAGCUCGGUCGGCAGAUCUGCGAGGGUGCUUUGCUGGACUUCGGUAGAUUAAAGUGUCCCCAGUAUUGCGAGAUGUGCUGGAACUCAAAUGUCCCCAGGAGUACCGAACGUACCACCGUUGUUGUGCCUACGCUGUUACCAACUGGAGAGCCUGGACCCAACUUUUUCAAUGAUUGCAACACGACGGCUGAGCUGGUGUUUGUACUGGACUCUUCUAGCAGUGUGGGAGAGAAUAACUUCCAGAUAAUGAGAGAAUUCACUCAAAACGUCACGUUGCGACUGAAACAGGAAUACAACAGCAUGAACAUUACAGUGAUCACCUACAGCAAUAAAGCCAGGGUUGCAUUGAAAUUGUCGGAGUCAACAGACAUAGCUACGAUGCUUGCCCUCGAGGCCAACAUUACAUACAACCACGGAGGCACAAACACACACACAGCCCUCGACCUUAUGAUGCAACAAUUCAGCCGUGAUGUCAACAACCCUAAAGUCAGCAUUGUCAUAACUGACGGCACGUCGUUCGAGCCCGAUAAAACCGCUCAGUCGGCACACAACGCUAAAAUGAACGGCAUUGUGAUGUUCGUAGUUGGAAUCGGGGAUGAUAUCGAUCCGCACGAAUUAACGUCUAUAAGCAGCAAACCAGAUUCCAACUAUCUUUUCAAAGUUACAGAUUUCACCAAUCUAUUGAAACUUUCUGAUCAAUUCCAAGCCAAAAAUUGCACCCGGGGGUACUAAUUGGAUUCCGGGUCAUAUUUGCAUACCUAAUAAAGCCAGAAUAUAGAAAUUCGCAACUAUUUUCGAAGUGAAUGCAAUAAAUCCUACUCGUAUUUCUGGAAUAUCGUUUAGUCUUUUAGUCAAACAUGAUACAAAUUAACCCACUGUGAAAAAUGAUACCACUUUUUCACUUCGUACCUUCUUGAAAGAGAAAAGCACAUUAUUAUAUACCUAUAUUAAAGGCUACUUUGAUGUAAGGCACAUGCUUAUUAACUACGCAUGCAGAUGAUAUAUGUAUGACAUAAUUUCAAAUGUCAAUGCUUUAAAGAGUGUUUUAAAACAGUGGCGAAGUAUUUAUUCAAUGAUUCUUAAAGAGAUGAAAUCGAAAUUUAGUUAAAAUUGCUUUAUUGCUUUCAACAUGCAUGGAUUAACCUUUGACUUGUAAGUUGCCGUAAAUCCAAAUAACAAACAGUAUUUAUGGUUUUAUAUACACUGCUACGUCAUAGAUACGCAGAAAUAAAUUGGUUCACAAUA